UUUUUGUGUUGGCAACACAAUUAAAAUUUUUGACUUUAUCCGUUUCCUUUAAAGAAAAAAUAAGUUUUUGUAGCAGCUAAAAAGAAGGUUUAAAUAUUUAAUCUGCAUCAAUCUGCAUUAAAUUAAGUUACAUCAAGCAACAUGAGUCGAGAGGAACUCCACCGCAAUAUUCUUUACUCGGAUAAAUAUUACGAUGAUCAUUAUGAAUACCGGCACGUUGUAUUACCAAAAGAGCUGGUUAAAUAUGUACCUAAAACUCAUUUGAUGAGUGAAGAUGAAUGGAGAAGUAUUGGUGUCCAACAAAGUAAAGGAUGGAUUCAUUACAUGACACAUAAUCCAGAGCCUCAUAUUUUACUGUUUAAGCGACCCAUAACAGAAAAUCCUUCAAAAUAGUUACCUGCCAGUCAUUAGAUGUUUGUGCUGUUUGAAACUCUAAAAAAGAAGCCGUAACUUUACUAAAACAAUUGUUUGUACGUUUUAUGUGCCUCAAUAUUCUUAAUUAGUUUUAAGAAUAACAGUGAGAAAAUUGAUACAAACUGGCAAAUCUUUAAACAUUGGAUUAGACUUUUUCAGUAAGACAUCCCACUAUUAGUUUUUUUUUUGUGAAAAAAACUAUUUAAAAGUGAUUAGCAAUUAUUUAAGGUGCUGAAGAGUCGAUAUUAAUAAAUACUUAAAGAACCAAAUUAACAUAUACUUAAAUAAAUAAUGCAUUUAGUUCUGGUAGAUAUAAUUUUCACAACUGUUAUUUUAACAAAACUAAGGAAAGUCUGUACGUUAUUUAUAAAAAAUGUUCCACGUUAUUUAGGAUAAGUCUUUGUUACCUUACUACGUUGUAAUAAUGUAUUAAUAUUUUUUUAAUAAAUUUAUUUGUUCAAGUA